GGCACAGACAAUUUACAACAUUAACGAUCUAACACAUUUUCCACCACGCAGCGUUUGUCAUAAUAAUAAACGCUCUGCGCAUUGCAUCAUUUAGAGGUGGAUUUUGGCGCGAAUUUGGACGUGGAAGGACACUAAUAAGCGCUUCGGUAGUAUAACGUUAAAUCCUUUCAGCGCGCCGCCCACCGCCUUUCCGUGCCGCGUGGUCUCGCGAUAUGGAGACGAGCCUUUUUUUGUCGAUUUAAUAAACUACUCUUCGCGUAUUCGUGCUACUUUUGGCCUCUCGCAGCUCCUCGACGACGGGCUUCGCCUGCGUUCAUUAGGGUCACUAAAUAAAAAGGCUUCUGUGAACAUGCUGCCGAGUCGUUCACCGCCACACGACUGGCUUGUCGAGUCGGAGCCGCUGCUGUUCGACGACGAGUUUUGUCAGAACUUAAUCAAGGACCUGCAGUCGAUCCCCACGCCGCCACAGUCUCCGCCGGGAAAGGGCGGCCUCGGCAGGUCCUUAUCCAGCGUGGACCAGCUCGAGCUGGUGUCGGAGCUUUUGCUCGAGGACGGCGACUUGUUGCACUGGAACUGGAGCUGUGAUCUGGGCGAUGAACGCGUGAAGUCUGAUGUCUCGGACGACUGCUUGUGGUCCUGCGCUGCGGAGAAAUCGGCUGAAGAAAAAAUGUCCGUCCUUUCCACGAGUCCCCUGCUUUCGGAUAUCGACACGGAAAUCUUUGCCGAGAUUGUAGGUUCUACGCUGGACUGUAGUGGCGCCGCUGCCUCGUGUCAGACGACAACGCAGAGCGAGAAGUUGAUCCGGAACUCGCCCGAGUUCAGCGAGACAUCCUCUGAUUACGGCUCCUUGUCCGCGGCCGGUGAAUCAUCUAGCGAUUCUGAGGAGGAGAUUGAUGUAGUGACUGUUCGACGCUGCAACACAUUCACACGCUCAAAGCAGAGAGACUAUAGCAAGCGUGAGCAGGAGCAGGCACUAAAGCGCUGUCACCUUGAGAUCCAGCAGCAACACAACUAUGCUGCUCCUCGUCCAGCUUCACCCCCGCCUCCUUCACCGAGUGUAAAACGUGUUCGCGGAAAUACAAGACACUUCACCUCCCGCCAUGCCUGUGACCUAGACGACGACAACGAGCGCCGUAGAAGUCACAACGUUAUGGAGCGGCAACGGCGCAAUGAGUUAAAGAACUGCUUCCAACGGCUGCGUGACCACGUGCCUGAACUAUCUUAUAAUGACAAAGCAUCUAAGGUGAUGAUACUAAAACGAGCUAAGGAGAGCAUCCGCAACCUGGAAACAGAGAGACAGGAGCUUAGUAAAAAAAGAGACAGACUGCGGCAUAAACAGGAAAAUCUCAAGGCCAGAUUAGAGAUGCUCAAAAGACUUUGAAUGGAGUAUCAUUUGUGGUAUGGCUUAGAAUUGACGGGCCGUCAGUGUUGCUGCACAUGAGCAAUGCAGCACUAUUUAUGGACUGUUCAUCUCUAAGGAGAUGGCUGCUUUUUUGUUUUUAGUUUUUGUAAAGUUCCUCUUGGAAAUGUGGCUCUUCAAUGAUUGAGUUCUCAGAGUAGUUCUUUAAAUGCUAUUCCAAUCGUCUUAAUGAGGAAUUAAAAAAAAAUUCUUUAACCCUUUGUCAGUCUAAACUAUCUUUAAUCUGUACAAAUUGUCACCUUUUGCUAAUCCUUGAAAAUUGACACCCCACACACCCUGUCACUGUAAAUGAUUGUGCUACUGAGGUGUGAUUUUUGGGCUGGAUCCAAAAAUGGUCAGAUUUCAGGGGAUGAAUGUAAUGUCUGUACAUGUUUGUUUAUGCUGGUUAAGAUGUUGAUCUUAUAAUACAGUCUAGGCAUUUAUAUACUGGAAUGACGACUGUUGUUUGACAUUUGCAUUAUAGUUUGGAGUGUCAUUCAGAAAAUGAGUUCAUAUUUGAAUCUUUCUUUUUUUUUUUUCUUCUUUUAAUUCCUUCUCUGAUCUACCUCUUCCAAGGAGACUGGGAUUAUAAUUAUUGCCUUCAUAAUGGCAACUGUAGAAUUGUUGUAUUGUCUCACCUUAAUUAUGUAUGAUAAAUUAUUUAGGUGUUUUGUUUGCAAAAUUAAAAGAUUGUUGUUUUUAGCA